AUGGCGCUACCAAGAGGGAAAGGAUGCCUGUCGUGCACCACCGUGCUGUGGUACAUCACUUUCGUGGGCUGUGGAGUCAACUACAUGAUCAGGAGCAACAUAAACAUCGCGAUUGUCGCGAUGGUGAAGAAACGCCCGUCAGACGGGAGUGCAGUGGCUAGCGAGUGCUACCAUUCGGGUUUCAACUUGACCGGAAACUACUCCCUCAACGAGAGCCUUUCUCAGGUCGAACUGAUCGGCGUUGAUGAUGAGAUAAGAUUUGACUGGGACGAACAUCAGCAAAGCGUUGUCAUGGGAGCAUUUUUCUGGCUCUACUGGGCAACGCAGGUGCCUGCAGGAAUGAUGGCUCAAUACUUCGGUUCGAAGAAAGUGUUUGGUAUCGGUAACCUUAUGGUUUCCAUAACAACACUGCUGAUACCACUUUCUGCAUCACUUGACUACAGGGCUCUGGUAACCCUGAGGGCUUUCCAAGGAGUUUGUGGCGGCUUCUGCUUUCCAUCUCUCAGCUACAUUAUCUCGAGAUGGAUACCAACCAAUGAAAGGGGGAAAUUUAUGAGCGCAUUCAUGGGUAGUUCCGUGGGUGCCGCACUGACCUUUCCUCUCUGUGGAAUGAUCAUCCACUUUCUCAACUGGCAGGCAGUUUUUUAUAUCACUGGUGCAAUUGGGAUACUGUGGUUUAUCGGUUGGUGGUAUCUUGUGUACGAUAACCCAGUCGAUCAUCCUAGGAUAAGUGAGUCAGAGCUCCAGCGCAUACAAAAUGCCAUUGGGGACACUAUUUCGGAAAAGAAGGUUGGCUUUUUCUCUGGUCUUCCCCAUGUUUGUCGAACGAGUUUCGCCAUCAUAGUUGGUUAUGUUUGUGACCACCUGUUGUCAAGUGGAAAGCUAUCAGUUACAGCAGUUCGAAAGUUGGCGGGUUUUAUAACAAAUAUUCUGCAAGGCAUAUUCAUGCUAGGGUUGGCCUUCUCCGGUUGUAACUCAGUUAUGGCCACUAUUUGCCUGACAGCAGCUCUUACUGUGAGUGGAGCUGAAACAUCAGGUUCUUUAGCUACAUACAUCGAUCUCAGUCCCAAUUUUGCUGGUGUACUCAUGGGCAUUGGUAACAUGAUUUGUGUGACUCCAGGAUUUCUGUCCGCUGCAGUUGUUGGUGCACUGACAUACAAGAAUCAAUCGUCUGAACAGUGGAAGAAAAUUUUCCUUAUAUCAGCAGGCAUCCUUUUACCUCCUGGCUUCCUACAUCUUCUCAGAUCGUCAUCUGAAGUACAAGAGUGGAAUUUCCCGAAGUCAUUGGCAAAAGAAUUGAAACAUGAUAUCUCUGCGAAGGACGUCGAAGCUCAGCAACGUCUGACAUCAGAACAUGAAACCGAAGAUCAUCAGGAUACAGAAGAGAAACAAAACCAUAUACUGUGAGAAAGAUUUAGAUGAGGAAGUU